AUGGAGAAAAAGCUAAAAACGCUAGAAAAACUUUUCUCCAGUGUACCAACAGUUCUUAUCAAAAGAGUCCUUUCUCGCGAUGAUGUUAAAGGAGACUUAAACAAAGCCCGACAGACGUUACAAGAAUUUCAGGGCAUGGAAAAUUCACAAGACCGUAUCAAACCUCCCACAAACAAUCAACCUAUUGCCUGGGGCGCUCCAGAAGAAUUGGCUAGGCCAGAAAACAAGAAAGGUAGUAUCGAAAUAACGGAGCUGCAUAAUUAUCAGGAAAGUAGAAGGAGGAUCGAAGUAACAAAAAUACCAGUGAAAAUUGAAAAUCAAAAUGAAGCACAGGACGAAAAUGGAGGAGUGGAGAAUAAUGUUCAUCGGUCCAGAAGAAAUAGUUUCGAUGAAAAUGAACCCAAACUAAUGUGUGGAAACCAGGUCUUCCCAGAUCGUGAUGCAAUACAAGGAGGCCAAAACUGUAGACGUGAAACACGGAUACUAGGAGGCAGGCUUGACCAGGGUCAUGGAGAUUACCAAGAAUACAGCGACAAUCUGGCGCACGGGUUUCCUUUGGAUAACCACAUGUUUCAGAGUCAACAGGGACGCGGUUACUGGAGGGGAAAAUCGAGGCCACCCAAUCCUAGGAAGAGCCCGCAUACCCACAGAGCACGUGGACCUGAAGGCACCUUUCAUGAAAGAGAUCCCCUUUUCCACGUCCGUAGCCAGUCGUCGUUCACUCAAAGAGGACAAGGGAAAGAUCAACCCAGACGCGGACGAGGAAGGGUUCGUCAAGGUCAUGACGGGACACAUGAACAUCCAGUGCAUCUCGCAGAUAAGAUAAAUGAAAUAUGUAGGUCCUUUGACGAUCUUGAUUUAGGUGAUAAAGAAGAAAUUGCCGGUCCAAACAAAUGUGGCCAAGGGAAUUCAGGAGGGUCUUGCAGUAACCUUAAUAGAGGACAUCACCAGGGAGGAAUGGGAUCAACCCAACGCCCGUCAAAGGGAAAGCAUAAAGGUACUUGUACAAUAGCAAAUGAAGGAGAAGAGUGUAAGUUUACUUACUUGUGGGCUGUGUGAGUCGACGACAAACGACAAAGUUGUAAACUUUGGGUUUGGUUGCGUCUUAUAUUGGUCCCCUGUAAGAGUUUUCUCUGAAAACCGUGAGGAAUAGCUUGGGGUACUUACUUAAGUUAAAUAAUCAUCUGUUGCGGCUACUCAAACAUUCAAUGUGCUUUAGACUGAAUUUGAGGGUCAUUUUUACCGGACUAAAUUAUUGAUGGAUGAAAUUAUUUUCACUGUCACACCAUUAUCAUUACAAUUGAAUAAUUUAAUGAACUGAGGCCGUUUUACAGCUCCAUAUACAUUACUCCUUUUCGUCUUUUGUUUUCUUUGGUUACUCUACACAAAAGUAACCAUAAUCCGCAAUUUCACGGAAAAUUAUUUCAUUUGACAUCAGCUUGACAACAGAACGAUUCAAAUGUUCAGUCAAUUUCAAUUCAAGAUAUUUUUCUUCUAUUUUACCGUAUUUUUCAGAUUUAAGUAAAAUUAAGUAGAAGGAUGAGACGAGGGAAAUGGGCUCUACUCAGGUCACAAUUUUAAAUAAUACCCCUUUGUAACAGACCCAGUGAAACCCUACCCAGUGGUUCAAUUCGGUCGACCCAGGUAACAAUUAAGCUUCCCCGAUAUAUACCGGGCGAAUAGUUUGUUUCUACUCAGCUGAUUUUUUACUUCCCUGGUCGCUUUCUAUCACGACUUACAAGACCAGUGUAUUUAGUCGUUCAUAUUUGUUUAAAAGAAGCAAAAAUACAAAACAUUAUUACACAUGUACCAUCGGCAAAAACAAAAUACGGAAGGUACAGGUAAUCAAUAUCGCAUAAGAGUAAACUGUUUAGUUAUUUUCGGUGCAGCAAUAUGUAAAAGGUGUUCAAAGUUUUUAUGUCGGUAAAGAGGUAACGCCUGCCACCCGUUUCCGCUUUUGUGGGAAUGGAACACAACUAAGAAAAACGCAGUGGAAAAUAAACUAACCCAGUGAUCUUUUCUCCGAGAACCCGGUGAAGAUAUAGAUUCCACUGGGUUUCCUACAGUGGGGCGUUUUCCUCGAUCUCGAGUUUCGUAUGCAAGAGAAUUCUCGUCAGCAGAAUUUCAGAUGAUACCACUUAUUAUGUCAUUAAGUUGUACUUUCAAUGUCCAAAGAACAAUGGCGGCCCUGUGGAGAGAGUGCUCUUUAAGUCUAAAAAUGGUCGAGCUAUUGUAGCUAACAGUGUUUAUAAGGGUUUUACAGGUCUGAAUUCAAACGUUCCAUGAAUACACCUUUACCCCUUAUUAUUAAAAAAGGAGAAAAACAAUAUAAUGCCUUUAAUUUGCGCAAGCAAAGAAGCUCGUGGUUAGAGCUCACUUGAAUUCUAGAUUUCUCUAGAACAUCAAAGCAAAAAUUUUUGCAUGUCCUCGUAGUUUUGUAGAAGAAAGAGGGUUUAAGUUGAAUUAAUUCAAUCUUGUUUUUCAAUAAUAGAUGUUCAAAGAGUCUUAGAUGGACAGCAUGAAAGACCACAUGACCUAAACAAGGCUCAACUGACAGUCAGAAUUUUGUGUGAUUCACCUGAAGAUGAGGACCAUGCAUUUGCCAGUUUGGGUGACGUGGGAAUUUCUUGUGACGACAGCCAGAAUACAUCACUGAACCAGCAGUCUAGGCCCAAAGCAAACAUUGUUGUGGACCCGGAUGUAAUGGAAUACGUCACAACAACGUCACUUCAUGAUCAACUUAAGGUAGUAUUGGCUACGAAGAAAAGUGAAAUUAACUGGAAAAUGAACCGCAGAAUAGCAGUUCUAUUGUAUCGCGGAGAGGAUAAGAGUGCCUCAGCGUUUUCUGAAUGUAAAGAGGAAGUACAAAAAUGGCUUGGCAAACUUAAAAAGCAAGACGUUGAAGUCAACAAAGCUUUCUUGGAAGCCGUGAAAGCUCAGUUACCAAGUAUCCGCGCUUGUUUUGGAGUUGAACCUCCGCUGGUUAAAAUAAUCGAUGAUUCUUUAGUUAUCAGAAUUGUGUCCCUGGAUUCAGAUGCAGAAGACUUCAGAGAGAAGUUAAAAGCCAAAUUAGAGGAAAUCUACCAGAAGGAAACCAGAAAAACGUAUGUGACGAAAACAGAAAAGGUUUCUUUGGAACAUUUAACUUUGUUAAAGAAGAUCCGGUUCGUGGAAAAACUUAAAGAAAAAAACAAAGAACUGGAGAUAAAGUUAGACACUGAAGCAGAGGAAAUCUAUUUUGAAGGCCCACAACCAUUGUUCUUGGAAGUGACCAAGAAAUUCCACGAACAAAUUUCGGACAUGGUUGAGAAGAAAUUAAGCCUGUCAAAAAACAUUUUGAAAAUUUUGUCUUUAGAUGAAGGGCUGGAGAAAGUUAAAUGUAAAUUAGACAAAAACGACGUGGAGGCUGUUUUCGUGAUCGAUAGCGAGGCUCGGAUCAUAGGCACGUCAGCUACGCACGCGGUCAAGGCUGCUAGUCUUGUAAGUAAGUUGACAUUGGAGGAGAAAGUUCUGGUGGAUGGCAACGGUCGCCAGCUAUUGAAAACCACAGAAUGGCACCAACUUUGUGAGCAACUCAACGCCAGCUCAGCUGUCCUAGUUCAUGGGAAUAACUGGAAUGAUACCUACGUAUCUGGGUUUCGGGAAGAUGUCCGUGAAACAAUUAAGACGCUAACUGCGUUCCUAGAUAACAACUGUAUACGAGAAGAGCAAAUCAAAUGUUCUUCAAAGUUAGUCCGAAAAUAUCUCUCUGAGCUUCGUCAAGAUAACUUGUCUUUAAUUGAAGUUCAACUCAAGGACUAUGAGGUCAAGAUUCAAACAGGAAGAGUUGAUGAUGAAUUUGUCAUUGAGGGAAACAAAGAGGGGAUAAAACGAGCGAAAAGAAAUCUGCAAGCUCUCGCAGAUAGUACCGAAUGUGAGAUUUUCAACGUGAAACAGCCAGGCCUUCGAAAUUUUUUUGCCACCGGAAACGGCGACUUGCUUGUGAGCUCUGUGGAGAAGAAUCAGGCAUGUGUCAUCCAUGUACAGAAACAAGGUGAGAUAAUCAAUGAUGACGACGACGAAGACAGUGAUGAUGAUGAUGAUGAUGAUGAUGAUGAUGAUGAUGAUGAUGAUGAUAAUGAUGAUGUCGGUGAGGCUGGCGAUGAGAAGGAAGGGGAUAUAAAGAGUGCGGUUAGCAGCCUUGAUUCUUCCACCCUUGUCACAGGCAGUGGUCACAAAAUUUCGUGGAGAGCUGGGAACAUCGAGACACAGAAGGUCUGUUAAUUUCAAUGCUAUCUUCUAAAAGGUAUUAAAAAUAACACACCCAUAGGAAAAAAGCCGUGCGAUCUGUGCUUCGCUAAAAAAAAAUCUCCAUCUGGUGAUGUUGCGUCGUUGAGGAUGAAUACGGCGUUUGACUCGGUUUGCUAAUAGUCGCCAAGAUUAUAAAAAAGGAGCGUCAGUCAUCAACUCACUAAAACACCUUUUCUGCAGCUCGCGAUAGUGCGUUGUUCCCUUCUGUUUACAUUGACUUUUGUGUUUAAAACCAUAUCCUCUACCUUUUUUACCCUUGCACAGAUUUUCAGAACCUAAUGGUGCAGUAAUGUUAAAGCCAGAAUGUAUUUUAAACGUAUUUCCUCGUCAUUAUAUGACCAUAAGUUUGUGACAAUUAGUGACUCAUAUAACGUAAGACCGUACAACUAGCCCUACUUGGAACAUAUUUAUAAAAGAGAAAAAGAACGGUUCAUCAUCCCUUUCUUAUCUGGGUUCUGCCAUUUUGCACGCGUUACCCAUCACAGAGAAAAAUGUUAUUUUGUGACUCAAUCGACUGCCUAUUUUAGAUAAAAGUUACGUUCGUAUUGGCUUCGUCGUCGUACCGUGAUAAAGCCCAACCCACCUGAGCUGGCAUCAAGCGUCCAAAGAAUCCUGCAUACUAAACUGAGUCGCAAAUGAUAUAUUAAUAGAAGGUAAUUCUUCUUUUUAUUCAAUUGCAGGCUAACAUUUUGGUCAGUUCACAAGGUGCAUGCUCCCAGGCGAUCUUCAAUGCGGGUGGGCAGGCAAUGAGGCAAAACUUGGUAACUCUAAAAGCUGGUGACAUCGCAGUUACCCCUGGAUAUAACCUGGCCUGUAAUCACGUGAUCCAUGCAAGCUGUUCCAAGUGGAAUAGUGGUGCGGGGGACCAGGUAUAGUAAGUUUUUUAUUAUGCAGUAAAAGCCCGCGACUAAGGACCUGGGCCGAGUUGUUCAAAGCCGGGUUAAGAUAACCCAGGGUUAGUGCCAGGUUUGAAUUCAGAAUUGAAAGCUUAAAAAGAAUUUCAGUUUUAAUUCUUUUUGUCUACAAGGUGAUGAUUGAAAGCUCUAAAUAUAACAGAAAAAAUUAUCCGAAAAAAUGCUUUUGAACACAAGAAAGAGAAACUCGGGUUAAAUUUAACCCCAGGUUAAGCGCUAAUUGGCCUUCGAACAACUGGGCCCUGGUUUUUAAGAACCUGUUAGGUUGAAAUUUGCCAGUUAUGCCCCCUCUAUACAACAACCUCAAUGUUAAGCCUAAAAUUAGAAUCAAGUUCUUAUUUUCUAAAAUCUAUAUAAAAAAAUUAUGUACGCUUGGGCAAGUAAGGUAGGUAAGUCGACUUGGAGACAUCGGUACUUAAUUCCUAGUAGUAAUCAUAGAUUAAUGAGUACGUUCGAAUUUUCUUAGCUCCAGAUUAGCUUUUGUGUCGUCAAGCAUUAUUUCAAAAUAGGGAAGAGAUCAUGAAUUAAAAAGUAAACAUUUUUUUCUUAAACUAAAAUGCUCCUCGCGUAUACGGCUUCAAAAUAUCUCACUCAUUAGCUCUUUACUCUUAACAUGUCUUACUCUCAAUCAAGCAUGGUCGAUAAAAAUGUAAAGUAGAUCGUAAAAAGUUCUGUGUUCUUAAAAAGAUAAACAUGUCACUACAAACUUCAAAAAAAUGCCAGCCUCAAAGGUUAAAAAGUCCUGGCUUCUUGCGUGACACAACUUGCUCGAUUAUUGAUGUCAGAGAACCGGACAGAAUCUUUUGCCAUUGUGCAAACUUUUCAUCUCAUGAUUUAAGUUCGUGUAGGUCAGUUCAACAUGUUUUAAACUUAGCUUGCUUCAGCGAGCAGGAUACUUAUCAUGCAAAAAUGGCCCGCGUAGAUAUACAAGACGUGAAUAAAGCAUUACAGUUGUAACAACCUCAGCACUGAUAAGCGGAUAAACCCUUCAAGCUUACUUUAUCCCAGAAUAUUUUUCGUGCAUGUGAGAAGUUAAACUACAAAUAUGUAAAUAGACUCAAACGCACGGGUAAACGUCUCACGGCACAAAUGUUACCUGGUCUUUAUUUAGGUGUUUCUACGAAGUUCCAGCUCGAUUUGAACGGCAUUGACCGUAAAAGGCGUAGCAGAAUCAUCAGCUCAGUGAUAAAACCAAGAUAAUUUUAUCCAGCAACCUUUUGAGGAGAGGGAUUUCAGUUUGUGGGCACAAAACCUAGUCUAUUUUUAACCUGCAACCACUACGAAUUCACGUUUUAAGUUUUAUUUUAGGUCUUACGGGGCAUUGUCCGAAAAUGUCUACAAAGGGCUGUCGAGCUUGGAGGGGCAUCAAUUGCAUUUCCAGUGAUAGGCACCGGAAACCUCAACUUUCCACCAGACGCCGCUUCCAAGAUCAUGUUGGAAGAAGCAAUCACCUUUUGUCAAACUAAAACUUCAUCUAUACUGAAAGAUAUCCGUUUUGUGGUGUUCCAGCGAGAUCAGGCUCUAAUCUCCGCCUUUGCACAGGAAAUGGCUACCUUACAAUCCAAGCACAAAGCUCCUUUGCCUCAGGAAUUUCAACGAAAGCAACAGAGACAACCUGUCUAUUCUAAUGAGAGCCAUGUCAUAACAGCUAUUCACAAGCAUGGCGUGGCUGUCCUGCCUUCUAGUAUACAGAGGAGUUUGAGUAUUCAAGUUGUAUAUGGGGAUUUGACAAAAGAAAACACAGACGCCAUUAUAAACAUCAUCAGCAGGGAUAUGAACAUGAGUAUCGCUGGUGAACUAAGCAAAGCCAUCUUAAAAGCUGGCGGCCCACAGAUCCAACAAGAAUGCAGUCAACAUGGUAAGCAAACACCUGGGAGAGCGGUAAUGACUGCUGGAGGAAACCUGGCCGUACGUCAUGUAAUUCACAUUAUUCCAGGUUUGUUAAACGUACUUUAGUCGGUCGUCUUAUUAAGAAAGUAUUGGUUCCAUAUGAUGUUGUUGACCUGAUGCACAAUGUAUAAAUUGUUGAUACACAAUUAAAGCCCUUUUUAAGUCUUUCGUCAGCUGAAAUUCUUCUUUUUUAGCUUUAAGUGAAAUUGUUGCAUUUUCUUAGUGGAUAAUUUGCCCAAAUUGAAACAAACCAGACCUUAAUUUUCAGAUUUUUUGCAGCUUUUGAGAACUAAAGUGUUUCAUGACUGAUCUUUGCCAACUCUCUAGCUAUUUUAUUGUAAGUAUAAUCUUAUUUUUUAAAAUUCUUUGUAUCGAUUUUGGAAUUCUUAUUUUUAGGGUUCCAAGAUAAGAUUCACCUCCAGGCAUGUCUAGAGGAAGGGCUUCGCCUAGCAGAUCAAAACAAUCUUCAAACAGUCUCAAUACCAAGCGUUGGCACUGGUAGAUUUAGCCUGUCUGCGUCAGACUCAGCACAAGUAACAUUCAAAGCUCUGGAUUCAUUCAGCAAAAAUUGUAAAAACGUUCGCCAUCUGCGGAUCGUGGUCUUUCAAGCUCAAAUGGUUCCGGAUUUUUGGCAAGCGCAACAGCGGGCGGUAGUCCAAAAUACGAACGAGCAGAAAACUGAUUCCUUUUGUAAAGCUGUUAAGAUAAGAGGAAAUAGUGAAACGAAUUUGAGUUCAAUAGGCGACUAUUCUGUGAAAAUUUCUGUGACAGGAAAGGAUGAGGGGAGUGUAAAAAAAGCUGUCGAAAGUUUGAAGAAAGGUUUCUCCAAAGCUUGCACUACUCAAAAAGUCAAAAAUGAAACCGUCCGUAAAUUGACGCAAAAGCAGUUUAACAAUCUGAGAAGAAAAGCCCAACGCCGUGACGUCAGACUUUUGAGGAUUGAGGAUGAUAUGGAUUGCAUAGUUGUGCGAGGUGAUCCACUUAAAGUGGCAGGCAUGGUCGGGAAGAUAUGGCACACCAUUUACAGGAAAAACAAGAAGAUACAGGAGGACAAGCAGGCGAUAGUGGUUUCAAAAAACAUACAAUGGAGUUGUGAAAUACAUGGCAAGAAAAAAGUGUUUAGUCCGAAGACAAAUGGAAAGCUUGAGAUGGCGUACAGCAAGGAACAAUCCACAGUACAGAUAUCUUUACAAGGAGAUAACUUUGUCAUCUAUUUAAAAGAUAAAACUGGCCACGGCAUGCAGAAUGGUGAGAUAAUUACACUUUUCAGAAAGAUCAAGGAAGCUGAAGAAGGUUAGAGAAUAUGCGUUAAUGACCAAGCCUUAGUUCAAGAUGGCUGAUAUUGGCCAAGUUCUUUUCUGAGAAAUUUUUUUUGUUUUUUUUUUUUUCUUGACCGAACAACUUGUUCAAUGAAGGAUUUUUCAUAUGGCCAAAAAGAAAACCUUUACUUGCGGGACCAACGCGAGAAAUCCCGAGCGGGGCAAAAUGGGCUAAUUUUGAACCGUUAGGGUAGCCAAUCAGGAUGCAGGAUUCGCUUCAUCUUGCCCGCUCCCGGAUUCAGCCAUAUAAUAGAUACUGAUCUGUUGAAUGGUUUUUCGUGGGAUAGUUCUGAGUUAGCAGUCUUAACCCAUUUCAUUAAGCAAGCUGUGCACACUGCUGAAUCCUUUUGACUCCGCGACUCUUCUAAAACUCGCUAGACACAAAAGUAUCAGUGCACCAUCCAGAGUUGUAGGUUCACGCAGCAAAAUUCAGCAUGGACGAGACAUUUUUCGAGUUACAAUUUGGAGUUAAUUGUUUUCCUAUUUUUAAGUUACCAUUCAGAGAUACGCGCACGCCAUAAAUCAAUUAUUCACUCUUUCAGCGAAGUAAAACCAUUAAAAAGUAACUUUUUCUCCCAAAGGAAUUUCUCUUCCAAACACCUGGUCUCCAAUGACAAGCCAUGAUAUGACAGUACAUACUGUGACUCUCGACCAAGGCUCCUCUGAGUAUCAAAAUGUCGCGAGCAAAUUUCAAACAACGGGUGGAAGAAUGCAAAUCCAGAAAAUCGAGCGAAUUCAGAAUCCUCAUCUUUACAAGCAGUACAAAUUGCGAAAGCAGAAGAUGGAUGAAGACAAUGGAGGAAACAGCGAACAACAGCUGUUCCAUGGAACCGAUGCUAAAAACAUACGUGCAAUAAACGCACAGGGAUUCAAUAGGAGUUUUUGUGGGGCACAUGGUUAGUACAACUCUAGGAAAGAGAAGAACUCGAGCUAAUGGCUAAUUCAAUUCACGACUUAGAAAUUUUUUCUUCGGAUGCAAAACCAAUCAUCUUGGUUAAAAUGUCUAUAAUUUUUUAUUUCUUCCAAAUUUGCCCAUGUUCAUGUGAUAACAUAUUUUCUUAGAAGGACGCUUCCAUUACAGAUCGAGUAAAAUGUAACGUUAUUGUGAAAUUUGCAGCCUGCACAGGGGGCGCUGGUUUUUUUAGGGCGAAGGGAGAAAUUUUGAGGACCACUCACGUGCACAAGGGGAGCAAAGGAGUUUUGCGUGAUCCCUGGCUAAUCAAUACAUGGUCCGUCAGGUAGAUUUGACCUUUGGACUCAAAAAAAUUCCCGCCGCUGGUUUUUGACUGUUUAAAAGUAUCUAUAAUUUUUUUCUCCAAACCUUGUUCGUGUACAUGUUGAUGAGGUAAACACCCACUCUUCAGUACAAUUGUUAACAUCGCCUGGUACUUUUGACGACGGGUAUGUAUAUCUCAUUGUUGGAACAGAGGAAGGCAGAGCAUUAUUAUAACUCUGUAACUAAUAAUAACUCAUUUACCAUUUUCUCUUCCAGGAACAGCCUACGGACGUGGUGUGUAUUUUGCGAAACAUGCAUCUUCCUCAGUUAAAUAUGCCGUGAAUGCUGGGAUUGGGGCUCACUAUGUUUACCUUGCCCGAGUCCUAGUCGGGAAAUAUUGCCAAGGCAGUUCUAGUAUGAUAGUUCCUCCACCGAAGAACCCUUCCAGACCAGAGAUUUUGUACGAGUCUGUGGUUGAUAACAUAGCAAACCCAAACAUUUUCGUUGUUUUUUACGAUACCCAAUGCUAUCCUGAAUAUCUCAUAUCCUUUUAA